CCCGGGUAUGGCAAAAACGCGUUCAGUGGUCGAACAAAGAUUCUGGUGGCCCAACCUCAGCAAAGACAUGAAGGAAUUCGUCAAUGCCUGCCCGGUGUGUGCAGCUAAUAAGACGUCCCGUUUACGACCGGGUAACACAGUUGUGCUGUCUGUGGUGGACCGAUUCUCCAAGAUGGUUCACUUCGUGCCACUUCCGAAGAUCCCGUCAGCCAAGCAGACAGCCCAGCUGGUGUUGGACGAGGUCGUCCGCUACCACGGGUCCCCCCGGGACGUCAUCUCGGACAGAGGUCCGCAAUUCAGCGCCCGCUUCUGGAAGGAAUUCUGCACCCUCAUUGGCGCUUCGGCCAGUCUAACUCCGGGCCAUCAUCCGGAGUCUAACGGCCAAACAGAGAGGGUAAAUCAGGAAUUAGAGACCCGACUUCGAUGCUUAGCAUCUCGGGACCAGAGCACGUGGAGCCAGCACCUCAAAUGGACUCCGCGGUACCGUCGGCCCUGGCGGUGGUACGGCGCUGCAAACGGACCAGGGAGGCAGCCCGGUGGAUGCUGCUGCGCAUGGGCAAUUUCUACAAGUCCGCAGCAGACCGCAAGAGGAGAGCCGCACCAGAACUCAGGGUGGGGCCAGCGAGUGUGGCUCUCCACUAUCCAUCCCGCAAACUUGCUCCCAGGGUUCUCUACUCUCCUGCUGGCUACUGCUGUGUCCUCACUCGGAGGUCUGGUUUUCGGUUACGAACUGGGCAUCAUCUCUGGUGGUCUGCUGCAGCUCAAGGCGGAGUUUGGACUCAGCUGCAUCCAGGAGGAGGCGCUGGUCAGCUCCCUGUUGAUUGGAGCCCUGCUCGCCUCUCUGGUGGGAGGAGGCUUGAUCGACCGUUAUGGCUGCAGAAAGUCCAUCCUGCUCAGUAAUUUCCCAACGUUGACUGGAAGUCUCAUCUUGCUUAUCAGCUCCUACCAAACCCUGUUGUUUGGCAGGUUCACAGUGGGUUUCGCCAUGUGCCAAUCUGCCAUGUCCUGCUGCAUCUUUGUGUCAGAAUUGGUAACUCCUGAGCGUAGGGGUUUUUUGGUAAUACUGUAUGAAGCUGGUAUCACUGUGGGCAUCCUUGUAGCUUACACCAUGAACUACAUCUUGUUUGACUUACAAAUGGGCUGGAAGUGGAUGUUUGGCUUAGCUGUAGUACCAAAAUUGAUUCAACUUGUCUCUAUAUGGUUCCUCCCAUCGAACGCUGAUGUGCAGUGUACAGAUAUUAAUCCUGAAACAGCUCUUAUGACUGCCAUUGAAACCCAAGACGAAGAUUGGCCUAACAGCCGCAACGAAGGCCAGAUGGUGCAGUAUGAUGUUAUGUACCUUUUCCAGCGUAAAGAUAACAUGAGAACCCGCACCAUCAUCGGCCUAGGACUGGUGCUUUUCCAGCAGUUGACAGGCCAACCGAAUGUUCUCUUUUAUGCCUCCACCAUAUUUCACACUGCAGGGCUUCAGAGCAACAGCUCUGCAGUGCUAGCAUCAGUUGGUAUUUGAAUAGUCAAAGUGAUAGCCACGCUCAUCUCAAUGGUGUAUUCUGACAAAGUGGGAAGGAGAUCUUUGCUCAUCAGUGGAUGCUUUGUAAUGGCUUUUUGUAUGAUAUGCAUCAGACUUCUCAGUGGGCAUUCCCUAAGAGAUUCGAUGGGGCCUUGUAGGUCAGAGGACUUUGUUGGCAACAAAACGAGUCAACUUCAUUUAGCAGUUGGAAAUGACACACCUCUUAACACACUUAUUGAUGAGGGACGCAAACUCCAAGCUGCUGGUGCAGUAAUUGCAAACCAAACAGAAAAACCUCUAAAACCUGCUGUGGAAUCUCCUGCCAGCAUUCGUGACAAAGUUUUCAACUGGAUCAUUCUCAUCUGCAUGAUGGCAGUUGUCAUUGCAUACUCCGUUGGAUUUGGACCAAUGACCUGGCUCCUCCUUACUGAAAUAUUUCCCACCGCUGUGAGAGGAAGAGCUUUCGCAUUCACCAGCUGCUUCAACUGGAGUGCCCACCUCUUGGUUGCUUUCACUUUCCUAGAUUUUUCAAAUGCUAUAGGUCUGUCUGGGACUUUUCUUAUGUAUGGGAUGACCUCAAUAGUGGCUGCAGUUUUCUUCUACUUUAUGCUACCAGAAACAAAAGGCAAGACACUGGAGGAGAUAGACAAGGAGCUGCGGUUAAACAGAUUUCACCGUAGAUGUGCAAGGGAUGGACCAUUGUGACUUAGUCCGAGGAAGAAAUAUAUCUUCAGAAUACCAAAGAGUUGUCACAUAAGCAAAUGAAUGAACAAUCAUCUCUUACCAACU